GAAGCCGCGGGGCCGGUCAUGCGGCUGCGGGGCCCGCGGCCCGGAGCGUCCGCCAAGCCCUGAGCGAGGCCCCGCAGGGCGCCCCCCGCCGCUGAGGAUGAGUCACUGCAGCAGCCGCGCCCUGACCCUGCUGAGCAGCGUGUUUGGUGCGUGCGGCCUGCUCCUCGUGGGCAUUGCCGUCAGCACAGACUACUGGCUGUACAUGGAGGAGGGAACCGUGCUGCCGCAGAACCAGACCACCGAGGUCAAGAUGGCGCUGCACGCUGGCCUGUGGCGCGUCUGCUUCUUUGCAGGCCGGGAAAAGGGUCGCUGCGUGGCCUCAGAAUAUUUCCUUGAACCAGAGAUCAACUUGGUGACGGAAAACACAGAGAAUAUUCUGAAGACAGUGCGCACAGCCACCCCCUUCCCCAUGGUCAGCCUCUUCCUCGUGUUCACCGCCUUCGUCAUCAGCAACAUUGGCCACAUCCGCCCGCAGAGGACCAUUCUGGCCUUCGUGUCCGGCAUCUUCUUCAUCCUCUCGGGCCUCUCCUUGGUGGUGGGCUUGGUUCUUUACAUUUCCAGCAUCAACGACGAGGUCAUGAACAGGCCCAGCAGCUCGGAGCAGUAUUUCCACUAUCGCUACGGGUGGUCUUUUGCCUUCGCAGCAUCCUCCUUCCUACUCAAAGAGGGAGCCGGCGUGAUGUCCGUGUACCUAUUCACCAAGCGCUACGCGGAGGAGGAGAUGUACCGCCCGCACCCCGCCUUCUACCGCCCGCGUCUCAGCGACUGCUCCGAUUACUCGGGCCAGUUUCUGCAGCCCGAGGCGUGGCGUCGCGGCCGCAGCCCCUCCGACAUCUCCAGCGACGUGUCCAUACAGAUGACACAGAACUACCCUCCUGCCAUCAAGUACCCCGACCACCUCCACAUCUCCACCUCGCCCUGCUGAGGCCCCGCCCCGGAGCGCCCUGCCCCUCCUCCACCUCCUCCUCCUCCUCCUCCUCCUCCUUCUCCUCCACCUCCUCCUCCUCCUCCUCCUUCUCGUCCUCUUCCUCCUCCUCACGGGUCUCGUCGCCACCGCGCGGCUCCAGCGCAAGUCCCGGGACACCUCGUCCCACGGGGAGGAAACUGUGCGCGCGUUAGCCCCGCCCCGCUGCCAUAGCCCCGCCCUCUUCCCACUUCCAGACUCCUCCUCCUGGAAGACACGCCCCUUUCCCUGGGCCCCGUCCCCAGUCAAAAGACUCCCAGGUUCCCGGGUUCUUCGCUUGCAGCGGCCGAGCGCGCCCACCUCCAAGCAAACCGCCCCAGUUACCUUUCACCUCGGCCGGGGGCUCUGGGCUGGAGAGUAGGUUUUGGCAGCCGCCAGGAAUGCCAAACAUCCUCUUCUCCUCUCUGCCUCGGCUAGCCUCUUACUCGGCCCAGUCUCACCUCCAGACCUUCGUGGUCCUUGCGUGCAGUGAGUGCAGCGGGGGAGGCCCUUCUUACUCCACCCCACACCCCCACCCCAUCUCUAGGGUGGGGUGGGGGGCUGGAGGCCCCGGGUAUGGUUAACCUGGCCUCCCCCGCCCCCCUCCCCACACAUGGGAGACCCCGUUCUGUCUCACCUGCUGGACACGUCUAGGCCUUCUGAAGGCUACCUGCCUUUUCAAGGGCGCUCUUUAACAGAUUUUCUAGCUCUCUCUCAACUGACCUUGGCUUCUUUUUCCUUCCUCUUCCUCCUCUGUCUCCCGGCCUCCUCACCACCCGCUCAUCCAAAGCCCCCCCUAGGAGUAUCCAGCCCCCCCACACCACGCGACAAGAAUGGAGACCCUAGGGUGGAGGAAAGUCCUCCACGCCAAUUCCACGCCUGUGCUCGCCUGUCCCCCCUCGAGGCCCCGUCGUGGGAGGGAGAGGCAGUAGCGGGGGUCGACACCCCCCAAACCUCGAAGUCUUCCAUUUUCUGGCACCUCCCCCUUCAUUGAAGUCCCCUCCCCAUCUCAGAUCCCCCAGCUCUGGCCUUUUUCAAGGGUCCAUCCGCCUCCUAGGACAGACUGGGAUGGGGGGUGGGGGUUCACCAGAAACUCACCCACUCCCUUAUUAGGAGAGGAGGGGCGAGGUAGCACAGUGUUGUACACGGAACCAUAAAGGCCCCCUGGG